CUUGAUAAAUUAAGCACGUGUGGCAUUUUAACCACGAUGAUUCACUGCCAAGUGUCCCAGGGAACCGUAUGGACAACGGCAACGCCUCCCCUAAGAGGAAUGAAGCUGUCAUUAACACACCUGCUUUUCCUGCUGUGAAACUUCAGCCUGUCUAUGAAAAGUCAUGUGUGGUUGGUGCCAAGUUGGAGUUACUCAGCCACCAGUAAGAUCCAAUUUACAUGGUGACAGAUUAACCAAAAGGUCCUUCCCUUUAUUUGCUGACCUACUGAAUCUGCACUAAACUUGUCUUAAAGCUACGAGUAAGAAAUGAUGUCAGGCCCUCCUUUACGGAUAAAACUGGUACCUGCAUUAAAACAUUUAAGCAGAAGUUAUAUAUCGGUAUGAGCCAGACUUCGUUCACUCAGCAUCCUUUAUGAAGUUUGUCCACCUUUAAACUCAGGCUGUAAAUGUUGCAACAGAUAUUGUGAAAGGGUGAAACUAUCCCAGCAGUUGUGUGUAUUUAGAAUACAGAACUGUGAGGCUCAUUUCUUCAUUUUACAGGAAAAUAGUUGAUUUAUUGAAACGUGUAUGUAUACAUUAUACAUGGCAUAUAAGGCAACACAGCCUGAAAACUUGAAUAAGAAAGCUUAGCCAAGGAGACUUCAGGAAUGGGUUUCCAGGCUUUUUGGAGGACAUUUAUUUAUUGUUUGUUUUGUUUUUUUAAGGAUGUGCUGCACACCACGUCAAGUUUUCAGCUUGUAGCCAUUUGGGAAUCAACACACAACACUAGUUUAUCCCUGGACUUGGAUACCCUUUUGUUUUAGCUUGAUGAUUGAGAUGUCAGUGCUAAGUGGACAGAAAAAAACCAAAUUUCUUUGAAAAUAGGCAGGUUCAAGGACUGCACGGAAAAUGACUGAAAAGGCACCUAUAUUGUCCAAAGAAAAACUGAAAGACAUUUAGAACAGCUGGAGAACCGUUGCUCACUUUUAAAGAUAGAAGAAAACAUGGCUCCUUGGAAGCAAAAGAAAAAGAAAAGGUGGCUCAAGACUUUUGCACAUUACUGCAAAAUAUGUUUUGUAGUCUACAUCUCUAAAUUGAACAAUAACCACCAACAUUAAGUCCAUUAUGGGAUCCAUGUGUUUAGGAUUUUUCGUUAUUCUUUAUUUCCACCCAUCUAUUUUUUUUUCCAGCUUGUCCAAUUAAGGAAAAAGGGUUGUUGCUCACAAGAAUCCCCGUAACUCAACGCGGGAAUAACCCCCCUUUUAGUUGGUUAACCAAUCAUAUCUGUUGGUUUUGCUUCCUGCCUUUAUGCUCCUGAUCAGUUUCAUUAGUUUUACCUGCGUGACAUUCGAUCGGUUCUGCUUUCUGUCGUCCUUCGCUCCAAGUCGUCUUCUCCUUCAGCGUUUAUCCACCUUUACGCAUUUAUCUAAAAGUGCUUUGGUGUUUGGGGUCUUUCUGGCCUCACAUUGUUCUUCUGUUGGAUUAUGUUUUGUUGGAGACUGGUUUUUUUUUUUAUUUUGGUUUUUUUUGACUUUCCAGUCUGAACCCUGCAGCACAUUUUGUUACUUUGUAAUUUAAUCAAAGUUCAUCUUUGUUUACAUACCAGCUUUCGUGUAUGCAGCAGCUGUGUUGGGAUUUUGAAGUAAACUGUUCACUUUGUUUUCACUAGAGUAACACAAGGGUCUGAAUAUUUUGGGGGAUUAUUGUGCAUUAGCGAAGAGGGCACCUCGUGAGUCGCGUUGCUGUGAAAAACGCGAACAAUCCUAUUGGGGAAGCACUGAACGUGUCCAAUAAGGAGCUUGGACUCGGUGGGCGGCGACAGAGUCCAAACCCCAAUAAAUUGUUCCCACACACAGGCGCGUUUCUCGAUGCAGAGCUUGAUCCCCUGCUCCCUUCCUGUUUUGUUUGGCUUGAGUGCUGCUGGAGAUGGAAACGAGCUGGGAAAAACUGCAAAAGAAACCCGUUCGCCUCAUUGCAGCAGCCUGCAACGACAUGGGGAUCGGGAAAGAUGGAAAACUGCCCUGGGAUUUACCGACUGAAUUCCAGUACUUUGUGAACACUGUCAAAACGGUAUCAAGACCAGGAAGGAUGAAUUUUAUGGUUUGGGGUAGACUCUGCUGGGACUCCCACCCUGAAUCUUUGUUUCCACUUCCCAAUAUUUUGCAUGUGGUGCUGAGUAAAACCCUGGACACGGUUCCUGAUCAUGCACACUUCCUGUGUCGAGACUUUGACAGUGCCAUCCGCCUGGCUGCAGAGCCCCCCCUCGCUGACUUAAUAGAAACCAUCUGGAUUGUUGGCGGAGUGCAGGUUUACAAGGAUGCAUUAAACCACCCUUGGUGUGACCUGCUUUACCUGACAGAUGUCAUGGCUGACUUUGACUGUGAUGUUUUCUUCCCAGAAUUUGACAAAAAUCUAUUUCAACUACAGGAAGGAUUUCCCGGUGUGCCAAGUGAAAUUCAAGAGGAGAAUGGCAUUAAGUUCAAAUACCAAGUAUUCAAGAGAGACACUGCUGACACUGUGUAGAAUACCUUUUUUAAGGAAAGAAAUGCCAAUAUCUUAAAAAAGACUUUUAGAAAUGUAGUCGAUGAAUAAUUCAAACAGUAUAAAUGUGACUUCUUGGUCUUUGCAGUCCGUAGCCACUGAACUGCUAUAAGUACAGACACUCCAAUAGUGCUGCAGUGCUUGCCGCUCAACUAUUUUACUUUUUUUAGUUUCUGCUCUUUUUUUAAGCUACUAUAAUCAGAUCUGGCAUGUCACUUUCUCCUAUUGCCCUGUCAUUUGGCAGUGUUCCCAUCUCGUCCUCCUACUCAGUCAUUUAAUGCAGCACAGAAAAUGUGCUUGGUUCAGUCAGCAGCCUGCAUCAACGCCAGCCUCUGAUACUCCAGGUAUCACAGUAGAUCUCUUACCUUCUCAGUCAGCUUGACAGGUGCCUGUUUAGAAAGUGAUGAUUUAAUAACUCCACCUGUGUGCUUUCACAUUAUAGUACGUCUUAUUUAAAAUGUUACUGCUUAAAUCUGUGGUAGUUGGAAAUUGUGAGACUCAUAUUUGUUAAUACCGGCUCUUGCUGGGAUGUUUUUGAUGACAGAACCAUAGAUACAUGGUGAAUUUUUAAUGGAGAAAUAAUUGACACGUUUGUUUUUUUUCCCCAGUUUUAAUUAAAUACUUUACUCUUA